CUUUAAUCAGUUAGCCAACUCUUAUGAGUCGCGAUCAACAAUGUCUCCGGUGUAUUUCAGUGGCUUCCUCGUCGUCUUGGCAAUCUUGUUGGACCAAUUUGCUUCUGCACAGCAAAUCUGUAUAAGAGAACUUGAGUAUCCUCACAAUGGGCUGUGCUGCAACCUCUGCCCACCAGGCUUCUACAAAGUCAAGGACUGCACAUGGAAUCUUCAAACAGAAUGUGCAGCAUGUGCAGAUGGCUACUUUUUGGACCAUCCCAAUUUUGAAACACGGUGCCGGCGUUGUACAAGAUGCCAUUCCCAAGUCCACGAGGAAGAGAAGACACCCUGCCGCAAAUACCAGGACCGAGUGUGUCAGUGCAUGCAGGGGUACUUCAUCCCAAGAUGGAGUGUGUCUGAGGUCUGCUACAGACACAUGAAGUGUCCACCUGGUGAAGGAGUGGACAAAAAGGGAACAAGAGAAACAAACACAGUAUGUAGACCCUGUGCGCAUGGAACAUUCUCAGACAAAAGGUCUUCACGGCAGAAGUGCAGGCGAUGGACUGACUGUAAGCAACUAGGUAGAGAAGAAGUGGAGGAAGGAACAAAAAAACAUGAUGCCAUAUGCAGAGCCAAACUGACAACCACCACCCAAACUGUCCCUUCACUGAAGUCAACAAAAUCCACUUUGUCAACAAUUAUCACAUCCCAAGCAAGGUCAAAACCACCGCCUCCUUAUUCUGUGUUGCCCAAGUUUACCAUGUCAAUGUCCACCCCCUUGCCCAACUUCACCGUGGCAUCAACAACCCCCACACCAUCAACAUCAGAUUUCAUCUUUAUCCUCAAGUCUUCCACAGCAUCAAGCAGUCAACCAGUGUCAGAAAUGUCUUCAAGUCCACCAAAGCUUAUCAGUACUGUACAGCAUGACAUUAAGACCCUUUCUACAAAAACUAAAACAACAGAAACCUCAUCUUCUGACCAAAACAUAUCAGACUUUCAAAGCAGCUCAACACACUCCCUGGGAACAACUACAACUGCGAUUGUGACUUCUGCAAAUGGGGAUACAAGGGCUGACCAAAAGUCUUCAACAUCACCCUCUCCAGCUGUGACAAUCAUGCAGCCAAAGACAAGUGUUUCAUACUUUAUUGAACUUAUUGCAAAGGCCAAACCUGCCACCACACCUGCUACAUAUACCUUGACAGAAACAACUGAGCAGAGGGAGGAAACAAAAUAUAAACCAGAUGUGAGAAACAAUGGAGUACACGGCUAUGCACUACAAAAAGCAAUGAUUCUGAUUCUUUCCUGUCUGCUGGUCAUCACAGUUAUCAUUCUCGCGGCAAUUGUUAUCAAAUUCUGGUGCUAUAAGAAAAAGAAAAACAUCUCCCUGCCAACAGUGUACUACAACAACACAAGUGGGGAUGUUACCAUUGGUGAAGGUUCACAGGAUGACAGUCAGAAUCAUCUGAUGGGGGCAGAUGGGGGCAGUGGUUCACAAGACAACAACAGUGAUGCAGUUCAUUCUGUGGAAGUACAUGAAGCAAACCAGAUGAACACUGAGGACGAGCACUCUCCACUGAUGCCUGCUUUAGGAGGUCAUCCUGAAGAAGCAGCUGCAUCACCCAGUGAAGAUCUAGACAUCUCAGAGAAAGAGCUUGCCAAACUUGCGAGGACCAUGGGACCAGGCUGGGAGGCUGCUAGUAUACAGUUCCUUGACAUCACUCGUGCACAGUUGCAGACUUGUAAGGACAACAACCUAUUAAACAGAGACAUGCAGAUUUUUGACACUCUCAAUUUGUGGAAAACAAAUAACAAAGGAAAAGCAACAUUACAGACACUGUGCCAGCUGCUGACACAGGCUGAAGUAGAUUACACAGUAGAAGAGUACUAGAAGCUUCAGUUUCCAAAGAAAUAUCUUUCUGUUACAAUUAAAUUACAGUUAAAUUCAUAGAAUAAUUGAAAUGUCAUUAGAAGACCCUAUCUACUUUUAACUCCAUGAUCUACUGUAAUCAUAAACUCAUGUAGUGCGUUGGUAACAGAAAAACUCAAUGGGACCGGGAUUGUUACAGCAUGCCUUAGAAUUAUCAACAUUGUGUACAAUUGUGCUGUCUGAAGCCACCACUGUAAUCAUUGAGAGUAUGGCAGCUUAUUUCAUGAAUUACCUGUUUCAACAAUCCUCUCAAUAACUAAUGUCUUCUCAUAAUUAUCUAUUGAAACAUGCAUGAAGCCGUUUGGAUACUAGACUAGCAGAAUUAAGUGAUCAUAUACUAGUAGUGUCAAUCUGGCUUAGUAUUGCUAUAAACACUAUGUGCAUUUCAACAGACUUGGUUAGUCUAUGAUCAUGAGUAUGAUGCAAAAUAUCAAAAUAUAACUGAAUGUGUUUUAACACAUUCAGUUAUAUUUUAAAAUAUAGAAUUUUCUAUGUUGCAAUGAGUCAAAUGUCUCAAAUGUGUUUUAGUUUGUGUAAACACAAUACACAUUUUGUAUUUAAUCUUAAGACCAGAUUCUAGAAGCAACAUAGUCAAGACACGAUGUUAUGUCUUCGCGAUGUUAUGUCUUCAGAAACAAAAAAUGGCAUGUACAUGUAUGGAAUGUAAAGAUUUAAUUGGAUGACCCUGAAGUCUUUGAGCAAACAAACAUGCACAAGCUAAGUGUAUUGAUUGUGCAAGUGAGAUAAAUGACAAUAAUUAAACAUAUGUUCAUGAAUACUGUCACGUGAUAUUUUACAUCAGGAAUGCUGUAGAGGUUAUAAGAACAGUUACCUGAUUUAACAAUAAGGUUAAUGUAAGUUAUACUUUAUAUCAGCUGGUGUGGGGGCAAGAGGCCAGUCAAGUUCAUGUAUGUAUAUGAUCAAAACAUUCAUUUGAUUUUGUUAUACCUACAUCAACCUUAGUAGUGUUUUCAUUGUAGUGCCAUAUGUAGAAUUACAUAGAAAACUAGACUAAUAGCACUUUCCUAGAAUUAGAAAUACCUGUGGCCAAAACUUGCCAUACUUGUGUACAUUGUCAUGGUACAACUGUUGUGAAAAUAAAACUCAUGCAUA